AUGGGCGGGGUGGGGGUGGGGGCAAGGGGCGGGAAGAGAAGAGAAGAGAAGGGAGGAGGGGUAGAUGUCGAAUGGAGUCAAGAGCAAGUGGACGGGCACAACGGCGGUAAUACAAAUCUCAGAAUUGGGAGCAGAUGGAAAGAAGAGGGAGCCCAGGGGGCGGUUUGGGUACUUCUGGGAGAUUAUUAUGCGGGGACGGCGGUAUUGUGGCCUUCUGAGGCCUCAAACGUCAGAUCUCCUCCGCGACGGACGACCGCGUCAGACGAGCUCGAUUCUACCGUUGGCGCUCCGCCGCUGGGUCGUCCACGGUUGCUAAAUGUCACCACUUGGCCUCCUCCUAUUGGCUUCCAUAGAUAUUAUCUGUAA